GGAUGCAUUGCAGGUUGCUUCAGUUGUUUUAUAACGCUCACACUGAGCUAAACCUCACAGUGUUUACAGCACAGUAAAUACUCGUGGAGCCUGAACGCAGCAUAUGUUUGCAGGGUGGUGUUAUGUCCAUAGUCUGCGGCACCGCGGCGCUGCAUCCCUGCAUCCACCCUCCUCCUCACUCCGUGGGACUGUCCUCCACCUCCACCCCCCAACCAACCAACCAACACACCAAGCCCACAGAGCAACCUGAUACCGGAGACGAGCGGUCCAGACAAGACAAGCCUGCAAACGAGGCGUUCCCAGCCGCCCUAGUCUGUCUGUCUGGAGCUCCACACCGCCAGUGUCUGCCUGCCUGCGGGGAUAGCUCACACAUCACACCGAGAGAUAUAUCCGAGCCCCGCAGCCGCGUCGUCUGAGAGCCAGGAUGGCAGUAAUAACCUCGGAGGAGCUCAGCCGUUGGCGCCGUUGACUUGUGGAACGCUUAUUAUGCUAACGUUCCAUUAGCACCGUUAGCUCGCAACACCACCGAGAUAGUCUUCUAUUUAAGUAAAAAAAAGGUGGAUUAUUUUAAUAUUUUUUAAGCGUAUAACCGAGAAUGUUUUGUUCUUACACGAAUUAACCGUGUGUCUGUUAUUUUUUUUACCUUUUUGGCGAAGUUUUCCACUGCCAGACAACAGUCGCCCCCGAGGCUAGCGGCUAGUAUGCUAGCUAGCAGAUAUGGCCGUUGGUGGCUGGCUAGCUGUGGACGGUUGCUGCUGAAAUAAAAAGGAGCAGAAGAAGAAGAAGAAGAAGAAAACGUGCUAAAAUAAGAGGAGAAGAAGAAGACUUUGUUGACAACUGUCUGUCAUGGCUGUGGGCCGAAUCACCAUGAAAUCACUGGCUAAAUUUGGUGUCUGCCUGACUAUCCUCCUCACUUCUGUGGCUGCGGCGCAGGGCGAGGAGAGGGAGUGUGCCUUCACCGACCAGCAGCAGCAGUGGGAGGUGGAGCGGGUGAACGGGGGCGAAGGCCGGGUCUCCCCAGAGAACACCACCAUCCGAUGUGCCAAGGGCAGCCACUGCUUCGGGCUGUGGGAGAAAAGUCCUCCAGGCGAAGUGCGACUGGUCAAACAAGGUUGCUGGACUCACCUGGGUGACCAACAGGGUUGCCGUGACGACCGCUGCGUGGUGACCAACCUCCCUCCGCAGAUCCAGAACGGGACGUACCACUUCUGCUGCUGCGGCAGCGACAUGUGCAACGUCAACUUCACGGAGGACUUCCCGCCGCCCAGCCCCACCACGGCACAACCCCUCUACCCUCGCACGCUGCACCACGAAGAGACAAUAAUCAUCGCCCUGGCAACAGUCUCCGUGCUGGCCGUGGUUGCCGUAGCAGCCUUCUUUGGUUACCGCAUGAUGCACGGAAAUGGGAAGCAAGGCCUUCAUAACCUGAAUAUGAUGGAGGCCGCUGGCUCUGAGAGCUCUCUGGACCUAGACAAUCUCAAACUGCUGGAGCUGAUCGGGCGUGGCAGAUACGGCGCCGUCUACUGCGGCUCUCUGGACGAGCGGCCCGUGGCGGUGAAGGUGUUCACCGCGGCCAACCGCCAGAACUUCCUCAACGAGUGCUCCAUCUACCGGCUACCGCUGCUGGAGCACGACAACAUCGCCCGGUUCGUCGCCGCCGACGAGCGGACGGGACCGGAGGGACGCACAGAGUACCUGCUGGUCAUGGACUACUACCCACAUGGCUCUCUGAACCGCUACCUGGGCAUCCAGACCAACGAUUGGGUCGGCAGCUGCCGGCUCGCUCACUCCGUCACCCGCGGCCUGGCGUACCUGCACACCGAGCUCUUCAAAGGAGACUUGUACAAGCCAGCGGUUUCCCACCGGGACCUGAACAGCCGCAACGUUCUCGUCAAGGCCGACGGCACGUGUGUCAUCAUCGAUUUCGGCCUGUCCAUGAAGCUGACGGGGAACAGGCCGGCGCGUCACGGGGAGGAGGAAAACGCUGCUAUAAGUGAGGUGGGGACGAUCCGCUACAUGGCUCCAGAGGUCCUGGAGGGGGCGGUGAACCUGAGGGACUGCGAGUCGGCGCUGAAGCAGGUGGAUAUGUACGCCCUGGGCCUGAUCUACUGGGAGACCUUCAUGAGAUGCACCGACCUGUUCCCUGGAGAGUCGGUGCCAGACUACCAGAUGGCCUUCCAGGCGGAGGCCGGGAACCACCCGACGUUUGAGGACAUGCAGGUCCUGGUGUCCAGGGAGAAGCAGCGGCCCAAGUUCCCCGAGGCCUGGAAAGAGAACAGUUUGGCGGUCCGCUCUUUGAAAGAGACGAUGGAGGACUGCUGGGACCAGGACGCCGAAGCCCGGCUCACGGCGCAGUGUGCCGAGGAACGGCUGGCAGAGCUGCUCCUCAUCUGGGACCGCUCCAAGUCCGUCAGCCCCACACUCAACCCCAUGUCCACCACACUGCACAAUGAGAGAAAUCGCAUGACGCCGAAGUCCGGCCCAUACACAGACCACCCGUCAACGUACAUCGAAGAGCACGAGGGCGUCGCCAAGAACUCGCAGGCCGACACCACCGGCUCCGUGAGCGGUCGAGCCGGGGCCGGGACCGGAGAGAGGAACAGGAAUUCCAUCAACCAGGAGCGCCAGCAGCAAGCCAACGCCCGGCUGCCCAGCCCAGAGGGCAGCAGCACCAGCAUGGGCAUGAGAGGCAGCCCCUCCGCCUCCACCACAACCACCACUAUUAUGUCUGACUCCGAGGGACCCGCAGGGACCGCCGCAGUCCCCGUCUGCCUCCACCUGACCCAGGAGGACCUGGAAACCACCAAGCUGGACCCGAAAGAGGUGGACAAGAACCUGAAGGAGAGCUCGGACGAGAACCUGAUGGAGCACUCGCAGAAGCAGUUCUGCUCUCCAGAUCCGCUGAGCCCCGGCAGCUCCAGCCUCCUUUACCCCCUCAUCAAGAUGGCGAGCGAGGCCGCGGGCACGUCAGACCCCGUCGCCCCCAUGCCCAGCACCAUCUUCCCCCUGCCCAAGCAGCAGAACCUUCCCAAGAGGCCGUCCAGUCUGCCCCUGCGCACCAAGCCCACCAAGAAGGAGUCCUCGUCGUCUUCGCUCAGGUUCAAGUUUGGACGCUCGGGGAAGUCCAACCUGCGGCAGGUGGAGGGAACAAAGAUGAACAUUGGUGCGGUGACGGGCACAAACACAGCUGUAGAGGCUCACCGGAGCACUGGCACAAACAACACACCCACUCUACGAGACACGCACGCCAACGGCAGCGCUAACGGUGCCGCUAACGGUCACGCCACAGCCGGGAUUUCAUCCAUGGCUGCAGGUGGAGCGACGGGUUUCGGAGGAUCCGGCGUCACUCAGAACGGGUCCGUAGCCCUGAGGUCAGACGACGGGCGCCUGAGCCUCGGCGUCAUCACGGCCAGCCCCGACGAACACGAGCCGCUCCUGAGCCGCGAGAGGGAGCAGCCCGAUCCGAGGGACGCGUCCUCGUCGAGCGUCGCGGCUCUCCGCUCCGCCCGACCCAACACGAACAACAACAACAGCAACACGGGCCACGGCCGGGGGGACGGGGAGAGCGGAGGAGAGAGCGACGGAGGGGAGGAAGAAGGGAGCGGGGAGGGGGGAAGCAGGGAAACCACGGGGCCGCCGGGAGAAAGCUCGGGGUCGGGAUCCGCCGUCGCCGUCCCCCAGCGGGACGCUCCGGUCACCAUGAGAGGCGAGGCCCUGCUCAGGCAGCCCAGAGCCCGCCGGCCGGAGAGACCCAACUCCCUGGACCUGUCCUUCACUACACAGGACCUGUCCUCACUAGGGGAGGGCUUGGUGCAGCCGGACGGAGCCCUGGGGGCGGGAGGCGACAAGAUCAAGAAGCGCGUCAAAACGCCUUAUUCCCUGAAGAAGUGGCGACCCACCACAUGGGUCAUCUCCACGGACACCAGGGGGCCGGAGGUCAACAACAACGGGUCGUCCCGCGGCCAAGCUCACAGCCAGAACCGGCCCAAGUCCAGCUCGGCCAUCUACUUGCGGGGCGGGAGCCUCGCCAGCGAGCCCAGCGACACCCACGUGUGAACUCUCUCUGACAAGACUGGAAGAAAAAAAAAUUUAAAAAUAAGCAGAGAGCGUUUUUGGUUUCUGUCUGUUGAGCUCUAAAUCAGCAAGAGGAAGCUAUGGAGUGUGUUGUGAACAAACAGUCGAGUCUGAUCGUGUACAGUAAUUAGGUCUGUCUCACUCCCGUGUGUCUUUCUGAUGAUGGCAUUGCUUUAAAUGGAAUCCAGCUAUGCAGCAUUCUCAUAAGCUUCUGUUUCCGUGUUUUAUUAAUCUCCCUUUGUCUUCACCCUCACGAACAUAGCAACGUUUUCGAAUGGAUUUCGUUCUCUCUAUGUGCACUUUGAACCGACUAAAAUCAGUGUUUAGAAGUCCUGUCUGUUGCGACCACGACAAGAAAGUGGUCUCUAAACUUAAAAAAAGGCGAUGAAAAACAAUCACUUUCUCGUACUGUGCUUGCAUUAAGCGGCGUUCGAGAGUAAAAGAAUUGGCGGUCUUAAAAGACAGAACAAAUACAUUUUUUAUUUCCUUGAUUUGUAUGCAAUACCAAUUUUUACCUAUUUUAUUUUUUUUCGACUAUGUAUCCAUUUUUUUGUAUCAUAAUUUUUAAUUGUGCAAUAGGAUUUAGCUUUUAGAUGCUUUCGAUGUUUUUACCGCUUCCAUUAUUUUUAUUUUGAUAUGUUAAUCUCUGUUGCACUUAUGAAUUGUCACAAUCGUUUUUUUGUAAACAAUCCACUGUACACUAUCAAGAGGAGAAAACGGAUGACAAUCCUCCUCUCUUUCCUUCUUCUCUGGACUAUUUUUAGGGGGGCACAAACACUAACAAUCAAUCCCAGCUGACUGGAAAAGUCACGGAACUCCUCUGCUUGCACAAUUACACCAGGAAUGGCUCAAACUGUGGGGUCUUUUUAACGCUACAAUCACCAGAAUCGAACCUAUGGAGGGAUCUGUUACAGUGGCCGACUCAAUCACUGUACCACUAUCACCUGACCUCACUGUGGACCGUGUGUUUAGCUGUCUGUAUGUGACUGAAAGACACCAGAAAGCCCAGAUUCUGCUCUUUGAACUCUCAGAAACUAGUCUAAAAAGAAACCAAACCCCUCUGAAGCACGCUGGAUAUUAUUUCUGCUUCUCGUCGUCUCAUCCCCCUCGAUGUUCGAAUGACUGAUUUCAGUGUGUGUGAGCGUGCACGUGUCGUGUUUCCUUACGUCGGCAAGCAUUAAGAGUUGCCGGGGGCGUAGCGCUGUACAGGCGUGCUGAAAUGUCAUCGUACUCAUUCUGUAUUUUCAGCGCUGCUUCAGGGCAUAUGAAAAAGAUCUCAUUUAUGUUUUUGUAAUCUGUAAUUUGUAUGAAAAAAAAAACAUGUAUGUGUAUUGCAUUGAUAUUUGCAUCAUUUUUAUGGAAUUCUGUUUUGCAUUCAAUGGACACGGCCUUUGAUUCCAUUGCUAUGCAUCUGCUCGGUACAGUUUCUGUAAACAUUUUCAAGUCAAUAUGGAAGAAAAAAAACUCAAUAAAUGUAUGAAAUAAUUGUUGGUUA